AUGAAGCUUAAAGAGUUCAAUGCUAAGGUGAAAUCACUUCCAUUCUAUGUCACUUUUGAAGAAGCUUGGGAUAAACAUGGUCUAGUGGAGUUCUUUUUCACAACUAGUGAAAACAAAGAAGAGAUACACCAACUUUCAGGAAGGCACGAUUUCCCCUUGCCCCUCAUGCAGUCAAUCAACCACCAUCACCACCAUCAUCACCACCACCCAAGUGGUAUGUCAAUUCCAUAUCAAGAGAGAAGCUUGCUGAGUUCAAUCAGUUUGUCCAAACUCUUCCAGCCAGCAUGUCUUUCCAAACAAGCUUGGCGCCACUACCCAUUCACCACCUUCUUCCACAACUGCAAGGAGACACCUGAGGACAUAAAGAGCUUUUUGAGAAAGCUAAAGUUCAGCCUACCUUCAAGACCCUCUACAAGAUUGAAGACCCAGGUCAAUUCUCUAUUCCCUGUCAAGUAA